AUGCCCUCCUACAACAGCCCAUUUUGUGCCAACAUGGGAGAUGACACUAAAGCGGCGGCGUACCGCUUUGUUGGUUAUACAGCGCUGACGUUUUCGGCGAUUGCGGUGUUGUCCGUUUGUGUUACAUUGCCAAUGGUCUACAAUUACAUCCACCAUGUCCGUGCCAGCGUCCAUCACGAGCUGAUGGAAUGCCGCCAGGAAGCUAAUAUGAUCUUCCAGGACGUCAACAUUAUUCCCGAUCUACCGCGUAAUCGAACAACUCGACAAACGCUUGGCAGUGAAGACUACUGUAAAGGUUGCUGUCUUCCAGGACCAACGGGACCACCAGGGCCAGCUGGCAAGCCCGGUCGUCCAGGAAAGGAUGGUGCACCGGGAGCACCGGGAAAUCCAGGGAAACCUCCACAGGAACCCUGCGAGCCUGUAACUCCCCCGCCCUGCCCACCGUGCCCUCCUGGACCAGCAGGAAAGCCAGGACCUAUAGGACCGAUGGGAAACAGCGGCUCGCAAGGACCGGGUGGUGAGAAAGGACCUGAUGGACCGAAAGGACCUCCGGGAAUGAAGGGAAUGCAAGGUCCAGCUGGACCACCAGGGAAUUCUGGCGCUAUGGGAGAACCAGGAGAAGCUGGAAAGAGUGAUGAGCAGAAACCUGGAACACCUGGUGAAAAAGGACCGCCUGGACCACCGGGAGCACAGGGACCAAUGGGUCCACCAGGAAAAGAUGGGGAGCCUGGCGCAGAUGGCGAAAAAGGACCGGACGGAAUUCCUGGCAAACCUGGAAUGGACGGCGAAAAUGGACCACCAGGGCCUCCUGGAUUGGAUGGUAUGCCUGGACAUCGCGGUGUAUGUCCGAAGUACUGCUCACUCGACGGCGGAAUCUUUUUUGAGGAUGGAACAAGGCGUUAA